GUGACUGGACGAUGACGCCAAAAGCCGGUGCCUCUAAAGUGAAGUGACCUUCUUUACGUCCGCCAGAAGCCCACCGCUCACCGGCCGAGAGAAGCGUCUUACACCUGCACGGCAGUGAUUUUUAAACCCAAAAGCUGACUAUGGGAGACGUGGCCAAGGGAAAGAAGGCGUUUGUCCAGAAGUGUGCCCAGUGCCACACGGUAGAGGACGGGGGCAAGCACAAGGUGGGCCCCAACCUCUGGGGUCUGUUCGGACGCAAGACCGGCCAGGCCCAGGGCUAUUCGUACACGGACGCCAACAAGAGCAAAGGUAUUGUGUGGGAGGAGGGCACCUUGAUGGAGUACCUGGAGAACCCCAAGAAGUACAUUCCUGGAACCAAAAUGAUCUUCGCCGGCAUCAAAAAGAAGGGAGAGCGCCAGGACCUCAUUGCCUACCUGAAAUCAGCAACGUCAUGAAGUAGUCAUUAAAUUCCGAAUAAUGUCAUAUACAUUUUUUUUUUUUUUUUAAUUUUAAUUAUUAUUAGGCUCAGACAUGCUCAGUAUGCAGUUUUAUGUUCAGCCAUUUGUACUCUUAAGUUAUGUCGUCUACGGUUAGAAAAGUGACACUUUAUGGUCAGAAUGUAAGCAAUCGAUCAAAUUGCCAAACAUAAAACUACAGACUGUUUUUAUUUUUAUUUUUUGUGGAUCCGUAAUUAGAUUUUUUGUGGAUCCGUAAUUAGAAGGAAAACUAAGCCCGUUAUUUAAAAUGUCUAAUGUUGAUAGGUCGCCUGACCUGCCACUCAUUCUGUUUUUUUUCCAUGACAACACAUGUCUGGUACUUCCUGUACUCCAUCAAUGACAUUUUAAAACUUAUUACUAAAAAGAGUAACCUAUGUUCAGCUACAUCGAGUGAAACAGGGUGAAAAUCUGGAUCUUUGGUGGUUAACUGGUGCCGACUCUCAAUCUACUCCCAGCUUUUCACGGCAACUGGAGUUUCUAACCUUUGAAGAUGUGACAGUAUAUAUACUGUAUGUGUAUAUAUAUAUAUAUAUAUAUAUAUAUAUAUAUAUAUAUAUAUAUAUAUAUAUAUAUAUAUAUUGGUGGUCAGAAACUACCGCUUGCCGUGAAUGCUCAAUAAACGUGUUGCAUUCAAGGAUCCGUUACUGAAGCAGCCCCUCUGAGCUCAUGUUUUUAACCCCGUCAGUCAUCAGACUCGGUACAAUUUUUUAUUUUUUAUUUAAAUUUUUUCUGAUUACUGCCUCCUUACAGCUAAGAAUUGCGGGAUAUAUAUAUAUAUAUAUAUAUAUAUAUAUAUAUAUAUAUAUAUAUAUGAAUGCCUUCAAAAGCACCAACAAGCUGUGAAAUCAGCUGGCACACAAUCACCGUGCCGACGUACGGUGCGGAGAUACUGAAGAGGAUCUAUCUGACUUGAAGGAAGAUGUUGUUAUUUACCUGGUUUCACAGGCCCGAUAGAGUGUCGUUUUAACUUAUUUUACUGUAAUCUGACUGCAUCUGUGAAAUGUUUUGACGGGGCUGCUUGCUGUCGGUGUAAACACAGCGAAACACUGUCUGCACAUGAACAAUAUGGUAAUGCUGCGCGGUGUAGACGUGGAAAGGAUGGAUGAAGACUCAAAUAAAAAGACAACUUCCAUAAAUACAAACAAG